GCGACAUUCCUGGGCGCAGUUUUCUUUCAAUCGGCGGCCAAUGGAGAAGCUCGUACUAAACGGAUUGCUGAUGGUGGGAUCGAUCCUGAUCGUGAUUCCCAAAUCGGUGGAGAGUAGACCAAGUGGACCAAUGGAGUUGCAGUCGCAUUAUGUACAGGCCAUUGCCGCCUAUCGUCGGCUGGAACGCAUCCUACCGAAAGAGGAACUGCGCGCAGUCACCAGCUUGGGUUUGCUAAAUGGAGCCCGUCAGGCUGAGGAGCAAAUGGAGCAGCACCUGGUGAAGGCCAUCCGGGAUUUACUGCUGCAAAUGAAUCUCACCGAGAGUGGCAGUGUCAUGAUGGGCAAAAUCGAUGCCAUCGAAGAGCAGUUGUCGCGCGAUCAGAGGGCCCUGGAAAUCCUAACGAGAGUAAUGGAUGUGGUAUCACAGGCCAAGGAUGACCAUGAAUUCCGGGCGGAGCUUAGGCAGAUGGCUCAGCAGCAGAAGGAGGACGAGCUGCACAGCCAGCAAUUGUCCGCCGAUCUCACGGAUCAGCCGAAACUGGGCCAGCGAUUGGGCCAACUGAGGAGCCACAUCAUCAGGCAGGUGCCGCAGCUGAAGAACGAGCUGGAGGCCAAAAUAGAGCUGGCCCUGCAGCACUUGCUGCAGCAGGCUGCCGAGGAUGGCCUGCUGGGCAGGGCCAAGCAAAAGGUGCUCCACAAAAGGCAGAUCAAGAAGGGAGUGGAUCAAAGGAAACCGCAGCAGCAGGAGCAGCAGAAGCAGCAGGAGCAGGAGCAGCAGGAACAGGACGAGGCCGAGGAGCGACAAAUGCCCGAGGAAAUGAGGAUUAUCAAGUCCAUACUGUCAGAGGCUCAUGACUUGCGCUUCCAGGAUGACUUUCAGGAAAACAUGUUGGAGCAACAGCCGGCGAGGCGCCUCAAAAUGGAGCCUCCAACCUCGGAGCUCGAUGACCUGGAAAUAAACGUAAAGGCGCCAAAUGUUACAGCCAAGGCCAAAGGUAAACCCAGAACGAGUGCCAAGCCGGAGAAACAGGUGGAGGCGCAGGCGGAGGGCACCGGCUCCUCGGAAUUGGCCACAGAUGACAGCGAUGACCUUGGCGAUGGGGAUCUUGGAGCCGGUGACGAAGGGGGCGGAGGAGGAGGCGGUGGUGGUCUGGUGGGCCUCAUUGGCAGUCUCAGUGGCGGCGAAGGUGGCUCCGAUGUGGGCGCUCUGAUCGGUGCCCUUACUGGCCUGGUUUCCACCUUAUUCGGCCCUGGUGGCCUGGACGUUCAAGGCUUGAUUCAGACCGGAAGUUCUCUUAUUUCCGGACUUCUCGGUGGCAACAAGAACUUUGGUCUCGUUCUGGGUCAAUAUGUGGGCACCGCAUUGGAUGGCUUGUCUGGCGGUGGAGGAGCGAUCAACAAUGGCCAGUUUGUGGGCAACUUCUUGGGCACUGUGUUGGCCGCCCUCAGCGCAGAUCCUGAGGAGGAGGGCCCGCCGCAACCUUUGACCUUUACGAAGAACCUGAUCACCAGCUUUCUGGAGGCCAAAUUUCGGCCAAAUUCGGAGGAGGGUUCGGAGGAACGUCAUGGCAGUGCCGAGUUGCCACGCCCUCGCAAGAAGAAGGAAGGGGGCGGCGGAUGGGCGGCUGCGGCGGCCAGUAGCUUUGAUUCCGGUGGCUUUGUGAAGCAUUUGGCCUCGCAUUUGGUGAGCAAUGCCCUGGGAUUGAUCCUGAAUGCCGGACUGGGGGCAGCCGGAGGAGCUUCGAGUGCCGCCAAGAACAUCUUCGCCAGCAGCAGCAUGGGCCAUCAUGCCAAACCGGCGGAGCACCAUCAUCGAUCUGGGCACGCCUACUACGACAAUGAGCCAUUCUAGCCAGCUUUAGUUUAGG